AUUAAAAACAAAAUGUGCAACCUAAGGAAAGCAACUUCAGCUCUACACAAACUGUUCGUUUAUGGCGGUCUUAAAUACGGUCAACCCAGUCACUCAAUUUUAGCCAAUGAUGCCAAUGGAUUGGCCAAAUUCUGGUGCAAGGCCACAACAACUGAAAAAUAUCCAUUGGUCAUUGCCACACGUUAUAACAUUCCAUUUUUGCUAAACAAACCAGGAUUGGGUUAUUAUGUAACUGGUGAAAUCUAUGAGGUUGAUGACAAAAUGCUAAAAUCCCUGGAUAACCUCGAAGACUGUCAAGAUAUUUAUGUUAGAGAAAUGCGUGAUAUGAACAUUGGUGUUGGUGAAGGCACUGUACCCUGUUUUGUUUAUUUGCUCAAUAAAUACCCUGAAAAACUUUUGAGUCUACCCUUCCUCUCGAGCUAUGAAAAUGGACCUGCCCAUCCCUAUGUAAUGCGCAACAAACGCCAUCACAAACACCCCGCCAAUGAAGAUUUGUCCUACAACACCACAGCCGCUGCCUAAAUGUGGACUGUUAUCGUCUGUAUCUUGUGAUUCAUUGAAGUGACAUCUACAAUCUUCCAUAAGAGAUCAUUGUGUUAUUCCGGAUCUAUUGGUUAUAUAGUUUUUA